UCUGGAACCAGAACCUUGGUAAUGUGACUCUUCUCUCCUGCUGAAGCCAUGCCCACACAAGGGAAAGUGACUUAUCACUGGGCCCAGCACACAGGUCUUUUCCCACAGGGAGCAUUGUGAAACAUCACUGGGCUCAGCCACCAGGUUAUGUGACUCUUCUGCCUGUGCCCUGCUUCCAGAAAAUAUUGUGACAUCCCUCAUACAGCAUCCAGGUGAUGUGACUCUUCUGCUCAUUUUCUACUUACAGGAGACAUGCCCAAAAAAGGGAUUGUGGCAUAUCUCUGAGCCCAGCACCCAAAUGUUGUGACUCUCCUGCCUGAGCUGUGCCUAGAGAAAAUAUUAUAAUAUGUCACUGGACCCUGCAUGCAAGUGAUCCAAUUCUCCAGUCUGGGCCUUGCCCAUAGAGGAGAUUGAGGCAUAUUCCAGGUGAAGGAUUCAGGUCAUGCAAAUGGAGGCGGAUUUUGACAUAUUAUAAAGCCAAUAUAAUACACAGUCUGCAGGUGGAAUUGGGACUCUCAUGCAUGGAUCCAGUUCAUCAUUGAUACUGUGACUCAUGUACUUGGAUGCAACUCACAGGAGGUGUUGACGCUUUUACCUGAAGCUGGGACAUGUGUAGAAUUGUGAAUCUUAGCCCUAGAUCUUCCCACAGGUCAUGCAAAUGGAGGGGGAUUGUUACAUAUCAUAGGGCCAACACAAAAAUAAUGUAAAACUCCUGCCUGAGCCAUGCCCAUAGAAGGCAUUGUGACAUAUCACCAGUCACAGCACUCAGGUGGGAUUUUGACAUAUAACUGCACCCAGCACAUAGGUGAAGCAUCUUGUAUGCUCAUCCUGCCAGAAGUUAUGAGUGUCACCCUCACACAUGGACAGAGACUUCUGGGAUCGUUGACAUUUCGGGAUGUGGCCAUACAAUUCUCUCUGGAGGAGUGGCAAUGCCUGGACACUGCACAGCAGAAUUUAUAUAGGAAUGUGAUGUUAGAGAACUACAGAAACCUGGUCUUCCUGGGUAUUGCUGCCCCUAAGCCAGACCUGAUCAUUUUUCUGGAGCAAGGAAAAGAGCCCUGGAAUAUGAAGAGACAUGAGUUGGUGAAAGAACCGCCAGUUAUAUGUUCUCAUUUUGCUCAAGACCUUUGGCCAGAGCAGGGCAGAGAAGAUUCUUUCCAAAAAGUGAUAUUGAGAAGAUAUGACAAAUGUGGACAUGAGAAUUUACAGUUAAAAAUUGGUUGUACCAAUGUGGAUGAGUGUAAGGUGCACAAAAAAGGUUAUAAUAAGCUUAACCAGAGUUUGACAACUACACAAAGCAAAGUAUUUCAAUGUGGCAAAUAUGCAAACAUCUUUCAUAAAUGUUCAAAUUCAAAAAGACAUAAGAUAAGGCAUACUGGAAAGAAACUUUUGAAAUGUAAAGAAUAUGUCAGAUCAUUUUGCAUGCUUUCACACCUAUCUCAACAUAAAAGAAUUUAUACUAGAGAGAAUUCCUACAAAAGUGAAGAACAUGGCAAAGCCUUUAACUGGUCCUCAGCCCUUACUUAUUAUAAGAGAAUUCAUACUGGAGAGAAACCCUACAAAUGUGAAGAAUGUGGCAAAGCCUUUAGUAAGUUCUCAAUCCUUACUAAGCAUAAGGCAAUUCAUACUGGAGAGAAACAUUACAAAUGUGAAGAAUGUGGCAAAGCCUUCACCUGGUCCUCAAGCCUUAUUGAACAUAAGAGAAGUCAUGCUGGAGAGAAACCCUACAAAUGUGAAGAAUGUGGCAAAGCCUUUAGUAAGGCCUCAACCCUUACUGCACAUAAGACAAUUCAUGCUGGAGAGAAACCCUAUAAAUGUGAAGAAUGUGGCAAAGCUUUCAACCGGUCCUCAAACCUUAUGGAACAUAAGAGAAUUCAUACUGGAGAGAAGCCCUGCAAAUGUGAAGAAUGUGGCAAAGCCUUUGGUAACUUCUCAACCCUUACUAAACAUAAGGUAAUUCAUACUGGAGAGAAACCCUACAAAUGUGAAGAAUGUGACAAAGCCUUCAGCUGGCCCUCAAGCCUUACUGAACACAAGAGAAUUCAUGCUGGAGACAAACCUUACAAAUGUGAAGAAUGUGGCAAAACCUUUAAGUGGUCCUCAACACUUACUAAACAUAAGAUAAUUCAUACUGGAGAGAAACCCUACAAAUGUGAAGAAUGUGGCAAAGCCUUUACUACAUUUUCAAGCCUUACUAAACAUAAAGUAAUUCAUACUGGAGAGAAACACUACAAAUGUGAAGAAUGUGGCAAAGUCUUCAGCUGGUCCUCAAGCCUUACUACACAUAAGGCAAUUCAUGCUGGAGAGAAACUCUACAAAUGUGAAGAAUGUGGCAAAGCCUUUAAGUGGUCCUCAAACCUUAUGGAACAUAAGAGAAUUCAUACUGGAGAGAAACCCUACAAAUGUGAAGAAUGUGGCAAAGCCUUCAGUAAGGUUGCAAACCUUACUAAACAUAAGGUAAUUCAUACUGGAGAGAAACCAUACAAAUGUGAAGAAUGUGGCAAAGCCUUCAUCUGGUCCUCAAGACUUAGUGAACAUAAGAGAAUUCAUACUGGAGAGAAACCCUACAAAUGUGAAGAAUGUGGCAAAGCCUUUAGCUGGGUCUCAGUCCUUAACAAACAUAAGAAAAUUCAUGCUGGAAAGAAAUUCUACAAAUGUGAAGAAUGUGGUAAAAACUUCAACCAAUCCUCACACCUUACUACUCAUAAGAGAAUUCAUACUGGAGGAAAAACCCUACAAAUGUGAAAAAUGUGGCAAAGCUUUCAAUUAGUUCUCAACCCUUACUGAACAUAAGGGUAUUUAUACAGGAGGGAAACCCUACAAAUGUGAAGAAUGUGGCAAAUUUUUUAACUUCCUCAAUCCUUACUAAACAUAAGGUAAUUCAUACUGGAGGGAAUUCCUACAAUUGUGCGGAUGUGGCAAAGCCUUUAAUCAGUCCUUAAGGCUUACUACGUACAAGACAACUCAUACUGGAGAGAAACCAUGCACGUGUGAAGAAUGUGGGAAAGCCUCUAACAGAUCCUCAAUUCUUAACAGACAUAAGCUAAUUCAUACUAGAGAGAAACUGCAAACCUGAAAGAUGUGACAGUGCUUUUGGCAACACCUGAAACUUUUCUGAAUAUAAAAGAAAUCAUACUGGUGAGAAAUCCUAGAAAUGUGAAGAAUGUGACAAAGCCUUUAAAUGGCUGUCACACUUGAUUGUAGGUAAGAUAACUCAUACUGUAGAAAACUACUAGAAUAAACAAUGUGGCAAAACAUUUAACCAAUGCUCAUGCCUAAUUGCAAAGGAAAGCAUUUGCACUAGCCUGGGCAACAGAGGGAGACUGUCUGGGGGAAAAAAUGUGAAUGUCAUUAAUAUCUUCUCACAUCUUAUUCAGCAUCAGAGAGUUCAUACUAAAUAAAAGCAUUAAAAGUGCAAUUGCUGUCAAUAGAUCUUUCAGAAAAUAUAAGCCCUUAAAGUACAGAAGAAUAUUUAUUUUGAGGAAACACAUUAUAAAUAUAAGGAGGGUUGUAGUACCUUUACGUGUAUCACAGGUUUUAUUGUACACAUUUUGUACUACAGGAAAACCCUGAGGUAGUUGUUCCAACUUUGCUCAACAUCAGGGAAUUUAUAUUGAAGAAUAACCCUGCAAAUUUCAUGAAUUUGGAAAAACAUUUUUUCAAAAACUACAGAUUAUAAAACACGAAAGUUUAUACUAAAAUAUAUGUUUGCAGAUGAAGUAAAUAUUAAAAAAUUUUAAUCCAAAAUUAAGUAAAUAUCAGAGAAUUCACAGUAGAAAUAUCUGUCUCAAACUUCAGACAUUAAUCAGAUUGCUGAGUAUAGGAAAAAAUCCAAAACUAAAGUUGGUAAAAAGAAAAAUUAUUUGUAUGUAACUUUAAAAGAAGUAGAUCUUUGAAGAGUCAUAAUUUCAUUUAAAGUAGACUUUUGUCUUGAAAAUACAGAUUUUUUUUGUCAGACACAGUGGCUUACAUCUGUAAGGCCAACACUUUGGGAUGCCGAGGUGGGUAGAUCACCUGAGUUCAAGACCAGCCUGGCCAACUUGGUGAAACCUCAUGUCUACUAAAAAGAAAUAAAAAAAAUUAGCGAAGCAUGGUGGUGCACAUCUGUAGUCCCGGCUACUUGGGAGGCUGAGGCAUGAGAAUCACUUGAACCUGGGAGCCAGAGGUUGCAGUAAGCUGAGAUGUUGCUACUGCAUUGCAGCCUGGGUGACAGAGCAAGACUCUGUCUCAAAAGAAAAAAAAAAAAACAGCUUAUUUGGAAACUGAAUAAUGAUGGAAUUCAACUCUUAAAUUACUUCAUGCUAUUUCUUCAUUUCUGUUGUAUUCACAUGUAAAAAAAAGUGAUCAAUUCUGCAUCAAAGAUUUGGGAGACUAUUAGGCGGUCGUUGUUUAUUACCUUAUGGAUGACGAAGGACAUUGAAAUGUAAGAUGCAUGAUGAAAAUUUAAGUAGAAAGGCUGUUUGUGGUUAACUUACAGAAUUGAGUGAUGUAGGGCAUUCCGAGUAAUAUUCUUUUUUUUUUUUUUGAGAGGGAAUCUCACUCUGUUGCCCAGGCUGGAGUGCAAUGGCAUAAUCUCGGCUCACUAUAAGCUCCUCCUCCCAGGUUCAAGCUAUGCUCCUGUCUCCACCUCCCAAGUAGCUGAGAUUACAGUUGCCCCUGAUCACAUCCAGCUAAUAUUUCUAUUUUAGUAAAACAAGGUUUCACCAUGUUGGCCAGGCUGUUCUUGAACUCUUGACCUCAAGUGAUCUGCCUGCCUUGGCUUCUGAAAGUGCUGUGAUUAUAGGUGUGAACCACUGUGCCCAGCCCUAAGUAAUAUUCUAAUGCGUUAUUAUGAGAGAAAAUCAUUCUUAUAGUUAAAAUUAAAUCAAAAUAAUUAGUAUGUCAUUUUACUAAUUGUACUUUUAUGUGAUAAAACUUUUUUUUAAAGUUUUGGAUUGUGUUAAUUUUUCAAUUCAACAUUUAUAAUGUUAAAUACUGUUAUACAUUCAAUAAAGUGUUAUUAUGCCACUAAUUUUAACCUAUUCCACCUUACUCAAGGGUAUAUUUAAAAGAUGGUUACAAUACACUAUUUGGUAACAUAAUAGACUAACAUCUCUAGUAUUCUUCUUUUUUAGUGGCUUUAAACUACGAAUAAGUUAAAGAAUAUGGUUCCUGUAGGUUAAAUUUUUUUUACAUUUAAAUUUAUUUUUCUUAGUUUUUGUGUUUACAUAAUAUGUGUAUAUAUUUAUGCCAUAUAUGGCAUAUUUUAAUACAGUCAUACAAUAUAUAAUGAUCACAUUGUAAUAAAUAAGGUACCUAUAACCUCUGGCUUUUAUGUUUUGUAUUACAAACAAUUCAGUUCUACAGUCUUAGUUAUUCUAAGUUGUACAGUUAAAUUAUUAUUGGCUACAUGGUUAUUUUUAUGGUCGUCAUAAAUUAUAUACAAACGUAAAUAAAAUCAAUAUAUUUCUGAGUCCUGAAUAAUUUUCAAAAAUUUUUAAUGUAUUUUUUGAACACGUGGCCUCUGCCUGAGAGCACACAAUAGAGUUUUAGUUUUGACUUACAUAGAGUUAAAUAUACACAUCUAUUAGUCUAAAGAUAUAACAGGUUUAAGGAGUAAGGGUGUUUGAAUGUAAGUUUGUAACUGUUUUCAGAAGAAAAGAGCAAUAUUGAAACAAAACAAAGCAUUUUAAUAAGAUGUCUAAUUUACUAGAAAACAAAAAUCCUCAAAAAUGCUAAAAGCAAAUGUAUAUACUCUGCUUUGUAUUCAGUUUAUUACACUAUCUUACAGCUUAUCAUUUAGAAUCUUUCCAUGCAAAUUUUCUUUUUUUACUUGCAUCAUACUCAUGCUAUACCCAUAAUCUUUUUUUUUUUUUGAGACCAAGUUUCGUUCUUGUUGCCCAGGCUCAAGUGCAAUAGCGUGGUCUCGGCUCACUGCAACCUCCGCCUCCUGGGCUCAAGCAAUUCUCCUGCCUCAGCCUCCUGAGUAACUGGGAUUACAGGCAUGUGCCACCACACCCAGCUAAUUUUUGCAUUUUUAGUAGAGAUGGGGUUUCACUAUGUUGGCCAGGCUGGUCUCGAACUCCUGACAUCAGGUGAUCCACCCAUCGCAGCCUCCCAAAGUGCUAGGAUUACAGGCGUGAGCCACCACACCCGGCCUAGACCCACAAUCUUUUUGUUUCUUAUUUUUUUGUUUUAUAGUUUAUGAAAUAUUUAUCUGAGCUGAUUUGAGUUAUAAGAAUAUUUUUUAUAAAAUUUAAUCAUGCACACAAAAUUAUUUUUAGAUAUAAUUCCACAAUUUGUGUAUCGUUACAUUUUAUUUAGUUAAAACAUUCCAUUAGCUUCUAUGGGAGAACCCUAUAUAAGCUAACUUUUCUUAAGUUAUUGUUCCCUUUUUAUAAGUGACAUAAGUAAAUUUUAUUUAUUGAGUCAAUUUGUUUCAGUAAGUACUAGGGAAGCUUCAUAAGUCAUGUGGAUGCUUUUAUAUAUAAAUGUAGCAAACAUGACGGUGCUCAGUGUGUAAUAGAUAUAUAUCACAAUCACACCUGCAGAAAGGUUAAGUGAUAAGAUUUACAAUCCCACACAUGUCCCAGCUCUUUGUAUCAGAGUGAACUCCUCCUGUGAACUGGGUCUCAGUAAGGGUGUCACAAAGUCAAAGGUGGACUGGAUUUGUGCAUGACAGCCGCAAUCACACCUGCAGACUGCAUCUCGGUAGAGGAGUCACAGCCUCCAGGUGUGCUGCCUCCUGGUCUGAGGUCAUCAUCUCAGCUGUGGACCACAUCCACCUAUGAGAGUCACAAUUCCAACUUUUGACUGCUUCUGGUUGUGAGAUUCAGAAUCUCAACAGUGGGCUGUGUCCAUGUAGAAGGUUGACAAUCCUUACUCUGCCUGUGUGCAUAUCAGAGUCACAGUCUCACCUGUGUGCCAGACCCUGUUAUGACCCUCUCAGGACCAAUGGGGGACUUUGUACAAUAUGUAUAGUGUCAUAAUCCUCUGCUACCCUUAUGCAAGCAGGAGACCCAGAACAUUAUGUGCUCCCCUAAACCUAGUUAACAGAGUCAACAUCUCUCCAUUUAGCUGAGUCCAGGUGAAAGAGCCAUCACUGUUUUCUAAGCUGGAUCCAGAAGUGAGUCAUCAUCUCACCUGUGAUCAGUCACAAUCCCAACUGUGAACUGUGUCAGUUUGUGAAAUUUAGGACCUCACCAGUGGGCUCUGUUUAUAUGUGAGGGUGAUGGUACUGUCAGCGGUGUCUGCAAUCUUGCCUGUGUGCUGGGCCCUGUAAUGAAUCUCUAUACCACCAGAGGGAUUUAUACAAUAUGCAUGAGUGUCAUAAUCUUCUGUGACUUUCAUACAGGUAGGAGACCCAGGACCCUAUUAGUUUCCUUAAGCCUAGCUAUAAGAGUCAGCAUCUCUUUUAUUGGUUGGGUCAAGAUAUGAGAGUUCUCACUGUGCCUGUGAGCUAACUCCAUAAACAGGUCAACAUCACACCUGUGGCUGGAUCUACACAUGACAGUCAAAAUUCCAACUGUGGACUAUGUCUGUGUACAAGAUUCAGGACCUCACCAGAGUUCUCUGUCCAUA